AUGGAAUUCUCAAACAGAGAUCACGUCGCGGGCGUCUCCCCGCUCUACGAAAACGUCUGCAGGUUUCUCAGCGAACAUGGAUCUGUCCCUCCUGCCGACAGCAGCGACGCCGAUCCUGAAGAAGUUUACCCCUCAAUCAGCGGCAACAGUGGAGUCGAAUCUGGCUUGAUCUUUUUGGGGUCUGGAGGCUCGGCCUCGAUUCCGCAGCUGAAUCACGUGCUGGCGUUCUCCGACGCGCACCACCCCUUUUACCGCUUUGCACGCGGAGAGGCAGUCCUACCUGCUCUCCCCGUGAUGCAGCAGCAAGCCAUUGAAUACAGACAGCGUCUCAAGCGGCUGCAGGUCGAGGCUGCAUCAAAACAGCCGACCGCGCUGUGCGCCUCCAGCGAUCCCGCAGUCUCUGGAUGCAACGGCGUCUCUACAAACGCUGCAACAGGGGAACAUGAAACACCGACCCUAAGCGCCUCGGAUCUCAGAGAUCUCGAGUUGAAGGCAAUGGACGCUCGCAAUGCUGCCUGCCCAACCUGCCUCAAGGCCUUUCUCUAUCCAAACAACCGCAAUGGGAGGCGCAACAUCUCGCUGCUCCUCUCCGUGGAGAAGAAACGGCUUCUGAUCGACUGCGGGAAGACGCUCAGAGACUCAGUCAUAUCAUUUUGCUGCCCUUUUCAGAUAAGCUCCGUAGAUGCGGUGUUUCUUACGCACGACCACAUGGACGCUGUGGGAGGCCUUGACGAUCUCCGAGACAUGCAACCUUUCGACCGCCUCACCUUGCGCAGCCUUUCAGCCGGAGAAGCCUUAGGAUCCCGUGAUGAGCGAGCAGUCACUCGCUGGUAUGCUCCGAAAGAAUGGAUUAGCUGCUUUCUGGGGGCACGCACUUUCGCUUCCGUGUCGCGUAGUUACUCCUACUUGUUGCGCCCCUACAUAGAGCGCGGGAGCGGCGGCAGCAGCAAAGUCACAGCACAAACAGCAGCACAAACAGCGGCGGCUUGUCAAGCAUCCGAUUGCAUUGUUAAGGAAACGGAGGAUGGGGAGUUCGCGCUCACGAACACGGGGCGCUUGCUGCUGAGGCGUAAAGUUGCGUGCAUAGACUUUCACAUUCUGAAUGACACGGUGGUGUCUGCAGCUUCUCCUGCAGCUGCAGCGGAAGCUGCAGCAAAGGUAUCAGCCGCAGCGGCAGCAACAAUGCAAACUGCAGUUGCAUCUCUCCCUGGAGGAGUGCCGCGCCCUCUGGGGUGUAGAGACACCGUAGUUCCGGCAGUAGCGAACGCAGGGAAGGGCCUGCAGCAGCAGCAACAGCAGCAGUGCGACGACUCAGCAGCGGCUGCUGCUGCCGUGAGGGUGGGAGUUGUUGACGAUUGGGGGUUCUCGCGUUUGGAGUUGCAGGGUGUACGAACACCCAUUUUCUCCUUCCCAGUGUAUCACGGGGGGUCAUACGUCUGCCUCGGCCUUAUGUCUUUGGGAGCGGAACCAUUCCUUCUUCUCUCGGAUGUGACUGCGGUCCCCGCGGUAGUGCUGCAGCGUCUUCUCGAGCUUCCUAGGCCUGAGGUGAUGGUGGUGGAUGCCAUAGGGGAGAGGCCGCAUGCAGCGCAUUUCUCGCUGCAGGAGGCGCUGGAUCUUGGAGUCCUCUUGCAGCCGCGACGGUUGCUUUUUGUGGGAAUGGAUUGUUGUUUAGAGCACAACCUUACCAAUAGACGCCUCCAGGUGUGGUUGACUCAACACAGAGAGAUGUAUCGAGCAGUGAACGGGAGAGAGAGUCGCAUCCAAGAAGUGCGGCUUGCGCACGACGGACUCUUCCUUGCGUUCAACACGGGUGCUGCGUAG